AUGUCUAAUACAGAAGAUUUUAGUGAUUCUGGUUCUGAAUAUCAGCCUAUUCCUGGAGAAAUUCAUACAGAAUCUGAAACAGAUACAAGUUGUGACGAAAAUAUUAUGAUGCCGUCUAGUCUAUCAGAACCUGGAACAUCUAAAUCUAGAAAAAGGUCAAUCAACAAGGAAAAUUGGACAGUUAAUAAAAGAAAGUUUUUGCGUAAUAGUGGAAAAGGUUAUGUAACUAAAAUGGGAGUGGAGAAAAAUACCAAAAUCUUCGAAAAUAUUGACUGUGGAUGUCCUAAAAAAUGUUAUACGUUUUUUACAGAAAAUGAAAGGCAAGAAAUGUUCGAAUCAUUUUGGAAUUUAAAGGACUUUAAUCAGCAAAAUGCCUUUCUAUAUGCAUUAGUGCAAAAAGCAUCUGUUAAUAGAAAACGACCUAAAGAUCUGUCACGAGCAGGAAAAAACGUUUCGUUUAAGUAUUUUCUCAAAUCUCAUAUUAUGACACAACUGGUAUGUAAAAAAUAUUUUUUGAAAACAUUCCAAAUCAGUGAUGGAACAUUAUAUCGCUGUCUAUCAAAAGGCGAUGUCUCGCAAUGUAAAGAUAAACGAGGCACGACUAGUACUCAAAAAUUAGAUGAUUCUGACAUUAUUACUCAUAUACAAAGCUUUCCCGCGUACCAAAGCCAUUACACAAGAAAAAGUAAUCCUAACCGGAAGUUUUUAAAUCCUGGGCUAACUAUUCGAAAGAUGUACGAUCUAUAUAAAGAAAAAUGUUUGACUGAAAUGACAGAACCUAAAAAAUUAAAAUAUUAUAAUAAAGUUUUCAACACCAAGUUUAAUCUACAUUUCAAGGCACCGCACCAGGAUACAUGUAAGACUUGCGAUAGCUUGAAUUUUAAAAUUAGAGGCACCGAUGACGAGAACGUGAAGAAAGAGUUUGAAGUUCAAAAGGAACUUCAUCAAAGAAAGGCAGAUUCGGCAAGAGAAAAUCUACAAAUUGAUGCUAAAAAAGAUUAA